CACAAGGGUUGGAGCAGGAGAACCACAGAGUUCUUGAAGCAAGUUAUCAGGGAGACAGCAAGGCUUCACAUAAUCUGGAUCUGUCCAAUUGUGCGUGUAGGCAUACCAGAGGAUACGAUUACAAAAACGAAAUUCAUUUGAGAGCACGCUUCACCUACUUCCUAGACGGCCACCUUCUCACCCAGCGCAUGUUUCUCCUGAUGUCGCCUCCUUCCUAUCCUCCCUACGAGCUUUCCCAGCUGAAUUGCCAGUGACAAUGACCUCAUACAGUGUUGAUCUAGAGCCCUGGACGAAAGUGGAGGUCCCAUCACUUCCGCCAGCAGCCAAUGAGGGAUACUGCAAAGAGCCCAGGCCAGAGAAAGAGGGCAAGUGGAGAACUCCUUAAACUGCGGCUGCCGUCAAUUGUUAGCACAUGACGGCCCGGGCCAUGCUCCUUCCCUCAGAUGCCCGUCCCGUGAUGCCUCGAAUAUCAGAUGGCCACUCCUUGAUGGUAUUUUCAUGCUUGAAGAUGCCGCCAAUGCCAUGAAUGGCCGGAUAUUCGGAAGCGAUGAGAACCAGGAAGACGGUCCCGUGGCUUUGUCCUUGCCAAAGACAGUAUCGAACGGAGCCAAAAAGUCGGAAACCACUCGCCAACCUUGGAUCACGAGAACGUCAAGAAGCAGAGUUUUCAUCAUCACUCCGUCUUCGAUUGAUUUCGUGCCCGUGGCCUCUACUCUCCAUUUUCGGGACCCACCAGCGUGCUUGUGAUCUCCCAAGAGACAGGUAUAUCUUCCACACUUGUCCUCCGACUUGCCAUCUCCUCCCUCUCCCAAACUACCGACAACCAAUGACAAUCUUGCAGCUACACGUCAACUUCAAUCUCGCAACUCAACACUGAGAACUCGAACCACUUCCAUCAUCAUGCAGCUCACCAAGCCCACCGUCACCCUUGUUGGCCUCUUCACAGCCGCCAUUCAGGCCGCCCCCACCGUCCCCGAGACUGGGGUUGCCCCUCCCUCUGCCGACUCUGGCUACACCGAAGUCAGCGACGGUGUCUGGUACAAAAACAAGACCGACUUUUUCAAGGGCGACAGCUUCUGCAACUCUGAUUAUGAAUACUGGAACAAAACUUCGGAGAAUUCCCCUUUAGUCCUUGACUGCUGGCACAUGUACAACAACAUCAAGGAACCAGGCAAUUGGGUCGGCGCCGGGGGCCACAAAAAGCUCAUCAGCAAGGACUCGUGUGCGUAUACGACGUGGGCCGAACACAACGGUCUAUUAUACACGCUCGGCAAUGAGGACCUCCGCCUCACGAUCAAGAAGGCGAUUCAGAAGUUUGGCACUCUGUUCCCUGGCGAGAAGGACUACAAGAUCGGGGCUUAUGGCAAGCUGCGUUGCCAGGCGCUUGUGAUCAAUUGGGAGAUUUCUCAGAACUCGUGAUUGGCAGAGGGGAGGAGCAUUGGGAUGAUGGUACUGUAGCGUGGUGGAUAGCAGGCGAUCUAGGGUGAAGGGAGUAGAUCGCUUAAAAGUAUCUUCGGUUCAUGACAAUGCGA